UAUGUAAUAAGGUUUACUGUCAACAUCAUACAAGAAUUAAUUACUCACAUCUUAUGACUUUAAAAAGGUAAUAAUGGACCAGUCAGUAUAAAGAGAAUAUUCGAACGUCUACCAUCCGGAAACGAAUAGAAUCCGGAAUACAAGUACAUAUUUGAAUGAUAGGAAUGCAGUAAUAUUUUGGAUAUCUUACCAACCAGUAAUGGAUAACUAUAUUUUCGUGUCAGUUGUUUUAUUUUUUGUGUUUGUAGGUCAGCUAGAAGAAGUACAUAGUUUUGGAACAGCAUAUCCAGGUGAAUAUGUUAUGAAAGAAGAAGAACCACAACAACGACUUAGAGUAAAACGACAAUUAAUAGCGAAGCAUAUCGAAGCAAAGACUAUGAAAACAGACAGGAUAAGGGCAAACAGGAUAACAGCAGAUAACAUUGUUAGUGAUACUGUGAUAACAGGAAAUAUCGACGUGAGAUCAAAUAAAAACAAACUUGUUGAAAGAAGGUCGUUUGAAGAUACACAAGGUAAUCAAAUGACAAGAACACGAUCUAAAACUCCAAGGAGAUCACGUGAUAAAGCACCAGAGUUGAAUGGUAACAUUGGAAUAGAUCAAAAUCAAUUUGCAGACGGUAACUUUCAAUUGUCGUCAAAUGAUAAAAUGGAAUCAUUGCAACCCUUAACAUCAAGACGAGGCUCAAGGGAAAGGGAUCAGGCAACCUCUUCCACUAGAUAUAAGAAAGAAAGAAAAAGAAAAAGUAGAAGACGACUUCCCAAGACAAACACAGAGUCGUUAGAUCAAAAUGAAGGUACCAGCAGUAGCUUUCAAUUGUCGUCAAAUGAUAAAUUGACAUCAUUAACACUGCAACCCAUACGACCAGAACGAGAUUCAAGAAUAACGGAACAGUCAACCUUUUCCACUAGAUCUAGUAAUAAUAGAAAACAGAGAAGACGACCUCCUCAAACACAAACAGAGUCGUUUGGCAACGACGGAAUUGAUCAUGCAAACAGCAACUUUCAAGUGUCGUCAAGUAGAAACAGUGAAUCGAUGUUAUUUCCACCCCUUAGAACACAUCAAGAUUCAACGAUCAACGAAAAACUAAUCACUUCAACUUCGUCUACAACGGAAAGGAAAAGACGACUUCCUCAGACAUUCACAGAUGGUAAGAAUAACCCUGAACAAAACAGAUUUCAAGAAACAGACGUAACUGGACGCCCAUCAUCAUUUAUUCGCAAUUCUGGUCACCACAGUAGGAAAAAUUCUAGACGAAAAUCUCGACUAAAUAGGGUUCUAAGCGAGAAUUUGUCAGGUAACCCUUCUAGAAAUAAUGACAGACAACCAUCUUAUAGAACGAUUGAUGCUCUUCCAAGCGGUGAUAUUUUCGUAAAUCCUAAACGUUCAAAACAACCUCGAUAUAGACCAACUGAUCCUCCGUUAGACUUUGUUGAACAAGAUGAGUUUACAAAACAAAGUACGGACGGACUUUUGCAGGCCAAUAGCAUUUCUGCUGGGUCAAUCAACACUUUUCAUAUGACAGCUGAGAAGAUUAAUGCUGAUAGAAUAAAAAGUGAAAGUAUAGAUGCACAAUCUUUGACGGUACAACCAAAACAUUCUGUAAAUUUGGCACUAUAUGAACCUAAGCCUGGGAAGCAAACCAAUACUUUUAUCAAGCCAAAAAAUCCCACUUAUAAAAGAGUUAAUCCAAUUUCAAAUACAAGACCAGUAAAAUCAACAAUGCAGGCAUCACAGUUUCUUCGAAAAGGAUAUGAAAAAGGCAUAGGUAGUCAAAGGUUAAAUAUUGAUAGACACCAUACGGCACCAGAAAGUGUUCUUAGUCUAGAUAUGUUAGGACUAAAAAAUACAGGGCAAUUCGCACCAAAACUUAAGAUGUUCAUAGCACCGACAGUCAAAAAAGAAAAGAUUGCAAGCUGGAAUAGGAAGAAGAAUUUUAAUAGUAUUUCUGCAAAUUUACGUCCAAGUUAUCCUACAGAAUACGUAAAUGACAGUUAUCAAUCUUUUCACAAAUAUGCCAAUGCAUUUAACGAUGAGUUUAUGUUUUAAUACUUAUAAAAGUAGUUUGUGGUUUAUUUAGACCAAAUUGAAACUUCAUCAUAUCAAAUUCCUAAACAAAUUGAAAAGUGUUAUUUAAUGCACAUUUCCUGGUAUGUGUGAUCACAAUUUUUUUUAAUUAUAUAAAGCAUGGACACACGUCACUGUCUAUUUUAAAACGGGAUGUUUAAUUGAAUUUCAUUAAAGAUGGCGAUCACCUUAUGUUGA